AUGUCAUGUGACUGGGCAACAUCUUUAACCAGGAAAGGAGCGAACCGCUUCGUUCUUCCCUGUCCAAAGCCAAAUCUGGCGUUGCGCAGCACCUCCGGUGCACGUCGCGUCCGUGGGCACGGGCGGCUCUUAACUAGGGCAGCUGUGUACAGUGGCCACAGUGGCCACAGUGGCGAAACCCCUGAGGAUUGUAUCCAGCGCCGGAUUCGGGAAAGUGCAGCGGUCGAAUCCCGCGUUAUCAGCGUUGACUCAGAGGAUGAAUUUGUCCAAGUACUGGAGGACGCGGGGAAUAAGCUGCUUGUAGUGGAGAUCCAAUCAGAGAGGGUUUGCGAAACUGGCCUGGACGAACCUGAGCCUGAGCUGCACUGGAAGCUGGACGCGGAGAAGGCACAUGCGCUGCAGAUGGCGAAAUGUACGGCAGUUAAACACGUGAUACAGCGUACGGCACGCGAGUGUCCAGAUGUGUGUUUCGUUUCCAUUGAGACGGACGGCUCCUCGCACAAGGAGGCGCUGAUCCGCAAGCUGGGCGUGGAGGUGCUGCCCACGUUGCAGUUCUACCGGGAGGGCAAGCUGUUGUGGGAGCACAAGGGCGUGAUGCAGAUGGAGGCGGGGGUGGGCGAAGGUAUGAUGUACUACGGCGACGUUGUGGCGGGUGGAGUGCAGCCGAGCAGUGUGGUGGCGGACAUCACCUCCCGGGCCAAGCUGGAUGAGUUUCUCAGCUCCUCAACGGACCCCAGGGUGCUGCAGGUAGUGGCCCUGAGCCGGUCGUUCCAGGGCUUUGCGAGCUUCGGGCGGUUGCUUGGAGACCAAAAUGGCGAAACGCGCGCGCUGCUGCAGGAAUUCAACAUCAUCGAGGUGCCCACCUUUAUCUUCUUCAGGGCGGGCCGGGAGGUAGGGCGGCAUGUGGGCUCCAGCCGUGGUGACCUGAUCGGCCAAAUCCUACAGCAGCAGGAAUCCAUGGGGCUCUCGCCGCCUCCGCCGCCCGUGACAGCCCGCACAAAGCCUCGCAGCCGCGCGGCGGCCAAGCGCAAAUGA